AUGUCUUUGAGCUCAGGUGCAACCAAUCUGCGCAAGACCCUCGCAGACCCCAAUGGCUUCGUGUGUGCCCCGGGUGUAUACGAUGGUCUAUCUGCGCGAAUGGCCCUCGCAGCUGGCUUUGACGCCCUAUACAUGACCGGCGCAGGAACCGCCGCCUCAGUCCACGGCCAAGCAGACCUAGGCAUCUGCACACUCAACGAUAUGCGCGCCAACGCCGAAAUGAUCGCCAACCUCUCCCCCAGCACCCCACUCAUCGCCGACGCAGACACCGGCUACGGCGGACCGAUCAUGGUCUCCCGCACGACGGAGCAAUACGCCCGCUCCGGCGUCGCAGCCUUCCACAUCGAAGACCAAGUCCAAACGAAACGAUGCGGCCAUCUGGGUGGUAAACAACUCGUCGACACGACGACCUACACAACACGGAUCCGCGCCGCGGUGCAAGCACGACACCGACUCGGCAGCGACAUCGUGAUAAUCGCCCGCACAGACGCGCUCCAAUCCUUCGGAUACGACGAGAGUCUAACUCGACUCCGCGCUGCGCGGGACGCAGGCGCAGACGUGGGCUUCCUCGAGGGGAUUUCCUCGCGGGAGAUGGCUGCGCAGGCGGUGCGUGAUCUUGCGCCGUGGCCGUUGGUGUUGAAUAUGGUUGAGCAUGGGUCUACGCCGGCGAUUUCGGCGCAGGAGGCCAAAGAGAUUGGAUUCAAGAUGAUUAUCUUUCCGUUUGCGACGAUUGGGCCGGCGUUGACGGCUAUGCGGGAGGGGUUGGAGAAGUUGAAGAGGUUGGGGUUGCCUGGGCUGGAUGAGGAGUUGACGCCGCAGAUGUUGUUUAGGGUUUGUGGGUUGGAUGAGAGUGUGAGGUUGGAUGCGGAGGCUGGGGGUGCGGCGUUUGAGGGGGGUGUGGAUUUGGAGAAGAAGUGA